UAACACUUUAUAUGAAGCUCAGAGUUAUACACUAAUGCAGUACAGAAUCUGGAUAAUAUGAAAGCUAAAACUUAAGGCAUCAGGAAAGGAGUAUUGUGUGGUUAAUGAAAUCUGUUUGAGACUUAUUUUUGGGUAAGCCCCCUUUGAAGAGGUGGUGGUAUCUCUUGCUGUCACUCUGAUCUGAUCUUCAAAUAUCACUAAUACCUAGUUAGGUUCUCUGGUUGGCAUUAACAUGGGAGGGUAAGGAAUUCAGGCUGAUGUUUACCUGCCCUUGACAACUGCCUGCCACUUCUGAAUGCACCAUUCCUGCCACCAAUUUGUCCCCCUGCGAUUGCCAGGAGGUGAUUCAGAGGAGUUAACAUAAUGUAAGGAGCUCUGGCUUUGCUCUCUGUCAGUGUUUGUCAGCUUCUGUGAAUCACUGAGAGAAGCAAGUAAGAUCAUGGGGGUCAGGCUCUUUCUCUGGACUGAAACCCUCCCCCCUAAUUAUAGAGAAGGCUCAUCAGCCUUGUUGUUUAGUAGUUGACACCCACUGAGAAAGUCUGAGAGCCAGAGUUAAUAUAGUUGACAUGCUACAGGUCUCUCACUUUAAAAGAGUGUUUAUAUCACUUGAAUAAGUGAAGAAAGCUCCCCUGUUCUCUUUUUGGGGUGAUUGCACUGCCCAGACAAAAGUGCAAGAUAUGUUGGGCCAAAAAAUCUGAUUUUUUAAAACAUUGUUUUUCUUUCAUUAUUUUAAGUUGUUAGUAAGCAUUCUCUGUAUGGAUCUCCAAGAACAAUAUUAGAAAUUAUUCCUGACUUAUGGUAUUUACUGUCACUGUUAUCUUGAUAUUUUGCAUGAACAAAAAAUUGAGAUUAGCAAACGGUUCAGCCAGCAUAGAUCAGAAUCCGAGAUUCCCCUCUUUCAUCUGCACAAUUGCCCUUUACUGAGCUAAAGUAGAGGUGAAUCCACUCAGACAUGUGAGUUCCUCACUUGGGCUGCCCACCAAAACAUCUGACAAGACAGCCUUUGUUUCUAUAUUGUUGAAUAAUCACUAAUUGUUUUUCUCCCUCCUUAUUGCUAUAAACAAUAAUUUCAUGUUUGCAGUCAAAAAUAAUAGUAAAAUUGCUUUCUCCUAAAUUCUAGCAACAGAACAAGUAACUUUGUUGCUCAGAAAGUGGUGGCAUAUACCCCAUUAGGGGAAGUGGAAGCUGACUACUGCAUUUACAUCAAUUACUGCAAGUGGUUACUCACCAGAGGAAACAGUCUCUUGCAUACCUAAAUGGAGUCAUAUCAGUAAGGGAAAUAUUUUUUUAUCUUUGUGUUAUGUCUUGCAGAACUAAUCCAAAGCAGAAGUAAAUGCAUGUAAAAAUACGCACCUAAGGAGAAUAUUCUUCGGGCCUGGAAGCACUAUGUCAGAGAUGGGUAGAGAACUGUCGAAGGGCAGAUUUAGAAGAUAAAACUCCAGAUCAACUCAACAAGCAUUACAGAUUGUGUGCUAAACAUUUUGAGACUUCUAUGAUAUGCAGAAGUAGCCCAUACAGAACAGUUUUGCGGGAUAAUGCUGUGCCGACUAUAUUUGAUCUUACAAGUCACCUGAACAAUCCCCACAGCAGACAUAGGAAAAGGAUAAAAGAGCUGAGUGAAGAUGAAAUAAGAACAUUGAAACAGCCAAAGAUUGAGGAAGCUUUUGAAUGGAAACAGGCAACUCAAGAAUCUAAUGAAAACAAUGAGCAAAAUACUGUCUCAGAGGAAGGAGGGGAAGAACAAGAGGAAGAAGCUGUCCCCUUAACACUGGAAGAAAGAGAAAACAAAGAUUACCUUAAAUCAUUAUUUGAAAUUUUGAUCCUAAUGGGUAAACAAAAUAUUCCACUGGAUGGCCAUAAUGUCGAUGAACUUCCAGAAGGUAUUUUUGCUUCAGGUAACUUUCAGGCUCUACUGGAAUAUAGAAUAAAUGGUGGCGAUGAAGUUCUGAGGAAACGAUUUGAGAUGACUGCAGUCAACCUUGAGUAUUGUUCAAAAACUCAGCAGAAACAAAUGCUUGAGAUCUGUGAAAACUGUGUUAGAGAGGAGACACUGAGGGAAGUAAGAGACUCACACUUCUUUUCUAUUGUCACCGAUGAAGUAGUAGACAUAGCUGGAGAGGAACAUUUGCCAGUGUUGGUGAGGUUCGUUGAUGAUUCUCACAAUCUAAGAGAAGAAUUCAUAGGGUUUUUACCAUAUGAGGCUGAUCCUGAAAUUUUAGCUGUUAAGUUCCAUGCAACUAUUACUGAAAAGUGGGGUCUAAACAUGGAGUACUGUCGGGGUCAAGCCUACAUCGUCUCCAGUGGAUUUGCUUCUAAAAUGAAAGUUGUGGCUACAAGACUCUUGGAAAAGUAUCCACAAGCUGUGUAUACACUGUGUUCCUCAUGUGCCUUAAAUGUUUGGCUGGCAAAAUCUGUUCCUGUUGUUGGUGUUUCCAUUGCAUUAGGAACAAUUGAAGAAGUUUGCUGUCUUUUUAAUCAGUCUCCACAAUUGCUGGUAGAACUGGACAACACAAUUUCUGCUGUUUUUCAGGACAAUAACGAGAAGGGUAAUGAGUUGAAGAAGAUCUGCCGUUCUCAGUGGACAUGCAGGCAUGAUACUUUUGAGGUUUUAGUGGACCUCCUGCAAGCACUGGUACUGUGCUUGGAUGCUGUGACCAGUGACUUGUCUGACAGGUGGAACAACUUCAUUGUUGGUCGAGCAUUUGUACUUUCAAGUGCAUUAACAGAUUUUGAUUUCAUUGUCACUAUUGUAAUUAUGAAAAAUAUUCUAUCUUUUACGAGAGCAUUUGGAAAAAAUCUCCAGGGACAAACAUCAGAUGUGUUCUUUGCAGCUGGCAGCUUAACAGCAGUGUUGCACUCUCUGAAUGAAGUGAUGGAGAAUAUUGAAGUUUACCAUGAAUUUUGGUUUGAGGAAGCCACAAGUUUGGCUACAAAACUGGAUGUACAAAUUAAACUCCCAGGAAAAUUUCGCAGGGCACAACAGGGGAACUUUGACCCUGAUAUGACAUCAGAAAAUUACUACAAAGAAAUCCUAAGUGUCCCAACAAUAGAGCAUAUUAUUCAAGAAUUAAAAGAUAUUUUCUCAGAACAGCAUUUAAAAGCUCUUAAAUGUUUAUCGUUAGUGCCCUCAGUCAUGGGACAGCUCAAAUUCAAUACGUCUGAGGAGCAUCAUGCUGAUAUGUUCAAAAACGACUUGCCCAAUCCAGACACACUUUCUGCUGAGCUUCACUGUUGGAGAAUUAAGUGGAAGCACAGAGGAAAAGAUAUUGAACUUCCAGCUACUAUUUAUGAAGCACUUCACUUGCCUGACAUAAAGUUUUUCCCUAAUGUUUAUGCAUUGCUUAAAGUCUUGUGCUUGCUUCCAGUGAUGAAGGUGGAGAAUGAAAAAUAUGGAAUAGGACGAAGGCGCUUAAAGGCAUACCUGAAAAACACCUUGACACAACAAAGGUCAAGCAACCUUGCUUUGCUGAACAUAAACUUUGACAUAAAACAUGAUUUAGAUUUGAUGGUGGACACUUACAUUAAACUCUAUCCAGAUAAAGUGGAAUUUCAAGACUGUAUUCCUUCAAACAAUUCUGAAGUAACAGAUGAUGCCUAACUUUUUAAACUCUAACCAAUCUGUUGAAACAACUUGUUCUUAAUUAAGUUUCAAAGCUGUUGAGAAAAAAUGGUGAAAUCUUUAAAAAAAUCACUGCAAUUCUGUUUCCAUUUCAGGCCUUGGACUGAACAAGCUGUGGUCAAUAACCUAAAUUAUGUGUUGUUAGUCCAUACUAAAUGUGUUUGGCAAACAAAAUCAAGCCUGACACGAGCCCAUGCUCUUGGUGCUUUCUACAUCUGAUUGGCUUAAAUAGGUGCUCAUUUACUUUAUUGCAUCGUGGAAAAAGUACAUUAUAAUUGUAGAUCUGAUGGGGCUGUUACAUAUUCACUGAUGAAUUAGGCUAAGAAAGAAACUCAGAAUAUUAAAAGUAAUACAAUCUAUUCCAGUUCUGUUACUUAGGAUUUUUUUAAAAAACCCAAACUCUUAAGGAAGACUUUGAUGUAUAUUUAAGUGGCAUUUUGGAGAGUGGAUUCAGCUAUUGCACGAUCGCCGUGCUGUGGACAGGUCUCAGUGUAAAGUGAAUGUUGGUGAUAUUGGGGUACGUUUACGGUUUUGUUGGAAGCUCUUUAAUCUCAUGAUGACUGUUUACAUUCCUUUGUGUCAGACACUUUUUUUCUUUAAACUUAACAGGCAUGGCAGGAGUAUUUAAAUUCCUAAAAGACACUAAAAAUGUAAAAUUUAUUCCACAAAUGUUUAAAUCUGUUUGCUCUGCCCCGACUCUGAUGCAAACCCAUGCAUCUUACAGUGUGUUUAUUUGUAAACUCACUCUGGAAAAAUUAAAAUAAGAGUUGGUUGUUUGUCUAGACGUAAAAUUGAAAAUAUUACUGUUACUUUUGGUGAGAAUGAAACAUUUUUGUACAGUUUAUGGAAAUUUAAAAUAAAAUGUGAAUUGCUUUUUACAUAGCAUUGGA